AUGGCACAGAAGUGCGUACAUAAAGGGUGCGGCAAGGUCUUCACAGAUCCCGAUGAGGAAUGUGUAUACCAUCCAGGACCACCGGAGUUCCACGAAGGACAGAAGGGAUGGAAAUGCUGUAAACCUCGCUUCCUAACCUUCGACGAAUUCCUCGCAAUUCCACCGUGCACGGCAGGAAAGCACUCUACUGUCGACGACACACCGGCAGAACCCGCGAAACAGAAGCAGGAAACACAACUCGCAGCAGACCAGCCACGUCUUAAACCGAUCUCAAGCACGAAUACAGUAACGCCCGUUGUACCCAAUCAAGACGCCACGACAGAGUCUCUUAGCUCGAUAGCACCGCCCCAGAAACCCUCGACUCCAGACCCACGCCUCGAAGAAGACAGCGACGAUCCUGACACACCUGUUCCACCUAACACAACAUGCAAACGCAGAUCAUGUGGGAAGAACUCAGCAGAUACACGUCGAGACACAGAAUGCACAUAUCACCCUGGCAUACCCAUCUUCCAUGAAGGCAGCAAAGGCUGGACAUGCUGUAAAAGACGUGUCCUCGAAUUCGACGAGUUCAUGAAAAUCGAGGGCUGCAAGACACGCACCGGACACUGUUUUCUCGGCAAGAGAGGGAAGAAAACAGACGGCAGCGCAUCAGAAGAGGAAUUGCAGGAUGUACGUAACGAUUUCUACCAGACUGGAAACACACUCAUCGUGAGCUUCUAUCUCAAGAAGAUUGACAAGGAGCGGGCCAAAGUUGAGUUUCUGGGUGAUGGAAGUGGUGUCGAGUUGGAUUUGCCUACUAGCGACGGGAAGAGGUUUCGCAGAAAAGUCGAGACGUGGAAGGAGCUUGUGCCGGAGAAGUGUGAGAAGAAGAUCCUAGGCACGAAGUUGGAGAUGGUGUUGUUCAAGAAGGAGGGUGGUGUGGGUUGGCCGGUCUUGACCAAAGGAGAAAGGACGACGGGAGAGAGGAUACAGAUCGGAGGGCCUUUGAGGGCUUGA